UAUGGUGAGGCGCUUGUAAGCGGCUCUGUCGGAUCCAACCAAAGCCUUGACAACCUGUUUGAAGACUUGACUCGGAGUCACAGAUCAAGAGAAACUGGCUACGUGGGUCAAGCCUCCGAAGUUCAGUGGUUACUCAAUGUGCAGCGUCAACUGCAAAACAUCAACGCCGAGGCCUGUAUUCCAGCAUACAUCAUACAAAGACCAGGCCGAGAUGCGAAAAGAACGCGGCCUGGCACCAUCCCUGAGCGCACAAGCAAUGCUCAGCAGGUCUUACCACAGGGCACUUGGAAACAUAUGACUGACACCUCGUUCUAUCUCGAUAGCUCCGACAUAGCCAUGGAUGUAUUCAUAGAUCCCUACGAACUCCCAAAUGCCGAGACUGCAGAGAGACUUUUCGGCUGCUACAUCAACACAGUCCACUCAUCUUUUCCGCUUGUAAAUGCAAACUUCGAGCACCAAUUCCGUGCAUAUAUUGAAUCUGCCAGAAAAAAAAGCAAUUUCGACAUGUCCGACGCAUGGCGAGCUCAGUUGAACUUGAUCUUCGCGAUAGGUGCAAAGUGUUCUCACCUUACCAGCGCAGAGUGGAGAGCAGACGAGAGCGAUCAUGGAUAUUAUAUGAUGAGAGCUGUGCACCUCAUUAGAUCUGAAAGCUCUCUCAGAGUGUUUCCAACCCCCAGCUUAGAGCUUGUGCAAGCGACUUGCUCAAUGUCUUUUUACCUUCUCACAAUUGGCCACGUGAGUAGAGCUUGGGCGCUUAUCGGUGUCUCGCUACGUCACGCCAUUGCUCUAGGCCUACACCUCCGUAACACAGCCAUUGAAUCAGUUAAUCUUGGGCAAGAUACGCUGACACAUACAUGGUGGGCUUCGUACUGCAUCGAGACUCUGAUGAACACCAUCAUGGGCAGGCCCCCAGUAAUCACCGACGAAUACUGCACAGUGCCAUUACCUACUUAUGAGUCUGAAAAGGAAGCGUCAGGCAAGAGGCCAUAUUUCAUCAGCCGUAUUGAGAUUUCACGCCUCACAAGAAAGGUCCAGCGGUAUUUGUACUCGCCACGCACUGCUACUCAGUCUUGGGAGUCUGUACAAAACACGAUUUUGAACCUUCUCAAUGAUCUUGACAAAUGGAGCUCAGCAGUACUUUCCACGAGCCCUGAAACACAGUACAGUAGCCGUGCAACGGACUCUAGCCGCGAGCAAUUCCAUCUAAGAAUAGAUUACUGGAGCACCAAGGUACUCAUUACGCAACCAUGUCUUCGCAGCUUGGGAUGGCGUGUCGAAAAUCAAAGCAGCGCCUCUGCAGAUUUCGAUAUAAGGAUGGCUGAUUCAUGCAUCACUGCUGCUUUGGAACUGGCAAAUAUGUUUCCUCUCCAGCUCAACACGAAGUUCGUGUACAGGGAGGGCCCGUGGUGGGCGAUUGUCCAUAUCAUAAUGCAAGCAAUCACAGUCCUGUUGCUAGAAAUGACCUACAACAUGCAAGGCAAACGAAAACAAGAGUUUCCUGUGAUACCUUCACUCCAGAGGUUGCUUGGCUGGUUAAAGGCUAUGCAAGACAGCGACCCGUUAGCUGCCCGCGCGUACGAUGUCGUUCGGCAAACGCUAAAAUCAAGUUCUCCACCUUUCCAAAUUCAAGUGGAUAAACUUCUCGCACUCUCAGAUGCCGGGUUACCCAUGACAACUACCCUCUAA